UCCAGUGACUCUUACAGAUGCUCUGGUGGGAAUUUCCCUGUCAGAAUAGGUUAGCGGAUUCAUGCAAGCAUGUAGAUACUUAUAAUUUACAGGAUAAAUAUGAAGACGCAGAAACAUGAUUUAUUGAUAGUGCCUAAGCUAUAUAUAGCACUCUUAACUGUAUUAUUAAAACAAAAGGUAAAUAAUUAAUGGAAGGAAGAAAAGAUACAUAAAGCACAGUCAGUCUUGACAGGAAGUAUUCCUGUCUUGCAGUAAUUAAGAUUAAAUAUACUUGGAGCACAUUUUUUAUAUCUUUCUGACAAAAAAGAUUAUUUGCUUACUUUGUAUACCCGUAAGAAUCACUGUGUGUGGCUGCAGAACUUGUGCAGCCAAUGUGAGCAAAACUGGAGGCGGGGGGGGAAAUGCUUACAGCUGCUCAGUUUGGACACCACUCUAUGCUCAGGAUAGGAUUACCGCCUGUCAUUAUUGACCAGUUACACCUGGUAAACCCUCAGUUUAGUUUCAGAUUAGAUACAACUCAGUGCUUGCUAGUUUUUCUAAAUCCAGUGCUGACCAUACGUGACAAGUAUUGCAGAAAAGUACAGGCUUACUUCAGCAGAAACCAAGAAACAAAGUUAAGUUUUUUAUCAGAAUCUGAGAAUUACUCAGGCAAAGCAAAAUUCUCCUAGCAACUGUUUACAUAUCUCACAUACGCAUUUCUUGGGUUUAAGAGGAAAAGAUGAUGAGCAGAUCAGCCCUAAGAACCUGUAGUCUCAGGCCAUCUACUUUGUUGAAUUGAUUCUGUUUAAGAUACAUAGGGUCAAAUAUCCUGUAACAAUAUCAGCAUAUAUAUUUUCUCACUGGACAUAUAGUAAUUUAUUUACAUCAUUUCCAAACUAACAAUGUUAGCAAGGUCAAAGUGACCUUACAAAUAGUUAUUAAAUUCCCUGGAACCAGAACAGCUCAACCUCAUAAGCGGCUGUCCAACAGUCUAAACAGUCUCAACACUUAAUUGAAAAACAUUCCAGUGCAACCAGUGCCAAAGCUUUCCUGUCUUAUUACCAAGUAACAGAACCCAAAUGUCUUUCUGAGGCCCAAGGCAAAUCAUUCCUAAGUUUAGUACCAGCAAAGACUCAGAGUUGGAAAGGUCUAUUCCCACCAGCACAUGUGACAAACUCUUCAGUAAAAUCAAUGCCCUCUUGUCUUGUCUAAAGAUAAACAGUGCAAUAAACUAAAAUUUAAGUUCCACCUUUUGCUUCAGACAAAGGUUUUAAAGCAGCACUACACAAUCUUUAUUGAGCCACAAGCGAUACUGCACAAAAGCCAACAAUGCACCAAAGGGAAUAUUAAACUUGUAACUUCCAGACACCAUUCCUGUGGCAGCCACAGAAUCCCAUUGCCAUCAGCAGCAUCAGAUGGUUCCAUGGAGAAGGUUUAUAGAAACUGCUCUUGACUUUUAACUACAAGAAACUUGAUCAAUUAUUUUAAAGUGUAUCUUACAUCCCAAACCAGCAGAAUCUGGAAUGACAAAACUAAGUGCAAAAUGGUGGCAGGAGGGUAACAAUUGAUUUCAGUGAAAUGGAGAAUUGGACCUCAUGUUUCUCAGUCACUGCUAUUCCAGAAUAGAACAGAUUUUACUUUGAUUUCAGUUCCUUAGGGAGUGCAAAACAGAGCUCUACCAUCUGAUGAACGGCAGCCUGGCAGGGCAGUAUCGGGGAAGUACUCUAAACCCUCUUGAGGCUCUCUUCUGAUAAUCUCCAAAUGUAAUUUAGAGUAGCUCUAUUUAUUCCUCCUGCUAGAGCCACCUAUAAGUACUAGUAGUAACUGCUCAAACACUCGUGCCAGCAUCAGGCAGAAAAAUAUCUACUCACAAGGACAGAAUUGGACUUACUCUUGGUUACUGAGUUGGUCUAGCUGGGCAUCAUCAAGUCUUUUUGGUGGUUCCUACCUUAAGAAGUUCUUAAUGAUCUAAAGCAGGGCAGCCUUCAAAUUCACCAUCUCAGGAACAGUAUUGCUCAUCAGAAGACUCACAGCUGACGGAGAUAUUUUUUGCCCAGCAUUUUCACAGAAAAUUUCCAUUUUGUAUGAGUUCAUCACUGGUUUGCUGCCACUGCAAUUAAGCUGGUUGUCUUUGGAUAGGAUUAUGAUUUAUCCUAAUUUCUAUGGAGAUUUAAGUGUCAAAGUUGCGUCUGCCAACAGUUUUGCUGUAGCAUCCAACACCGUCUUCUGAAGGGAUAAAAAGACUGAUGAGGACGUGUCACUCCUUACAGUCACUCCGCGACUUACCAGGGUGUUCAUGGCAAGUCCUCCCCAUGCAGCUGGCCCACCUGGCCCAAGGCCUCCAGUCUACACACAGGUUAAAAGGCUGAAAGGUGGCCAAGCACCAAUGCUUCUGGUAGGUAUGACUGCUCUCCAGCAGUUUUUAAUAGAAGCUGACAUGUAUGAAUAAUAAAUGGAUAUUCAGACAUGAAUAAUAAAUUAUAGCUCCAUUUAUAUAGCUUUGUGUAUCCCUUCUCCGGAAACACCACCACUCUCGGGGACACAACCACCUCUUAAUAACGAGAAGGCACAGAUGGUACAUUUACAGAGAUGGCUUUCUGUACGUGUGGGCACACGCUACCAGAAGUGAGAGCCCGUAUUUACACCUGAGGCGGAACGUGCCUUUGGACUGCACAAACCAAAAAGGAUUUAGGGGAAAUACUUCAGCGAUGAGACCCGUUAUCCACCAUGCGCCAAGCCGGAGCGCACGGAGCCACACCUCCUCCCCGGGCAGCAGAGAGGCGGCACGGCCCGGUAGCCGCGUAUCACAGCCCCUGGGCGGGCCGCAAGGGCAGAACGCGCCAGCGCCGCCGCUGAGGGCAGGAAAAAUGGCGGCGCCCCGCCCCAGCCUGCGGAGGGAAGCGCGGGCGGAAGUGGCCGCGGAAGUAGCGCGGCGGCGCAGAGCGGAAGUGCUGGCGGGGAGCGGCGCGGGCCGGGUGCAGUAGGUUCUGUGAACAGUAAGCAGGAUCAGCCUGCAAAAAUAAGAAGACAAGAUGUUCUCAAGACCAAAGCCUGGUGAGUCUGAGGCAGACCUGAUACACUUUCAAAACCAGUUCCUGGCAGCCCGAGCUUCACCUGCAGUAAAGAUUGUGAAGAAAGCAGACAAGAGGAAGGGAGAGGAAAGGAACACAGAUGCUGAGAGACCCCAGCCACAGGACAGCAAGGAUGUGGUCAUGCUGGACGAUUUUCCUGAUAUUCUCCCUGCUCUAACUCCUGGUCCUCCAAAAAAGUCCAAAAUCAAAAGUGCCUGUGUCCACUUUGAUGAUGAAGAUCCAGAAGAAAGACUAGAGAAUCAUGAUCAACACAUUACAGCAGUCUUCAGCAGAAUCAUCGAACGAGACACAAGUGCAGAAGCAGUGACCAUGCCAGUGCCCACUGGAGACCCAUUUCCAAGGAUAUUUCACCGUUCUGAGAUAAAAAGUGAGGUGAAGGUGGGAUCUGGAAGAAAAAGCAUCUUUGCACAAAAGAUGGCAGCAAGAAGAGCUGCUGAAAAGCCAGCAACAGCUCCCUCUGCUGAGUGCACUCAAAUAGCAGCAGCUCCUCUGGACAUUCUGAAUCCUGAGGGAUCAGCAGAAGAGGCACUGGAAGCUAACUCCGGCAACAGGGAUAAUAAAGCUGAUGACGUUUUCAUCUCUCAGCGGCCUUGUAUCAUAACGGGAGAGGGUCUUGGAAGCCAAAAGAGUGAGCAGGAAGCUCAGGCUAUCCAUGAAGAGAAUUUAGAGAAGCUGCAGUCCAUGUCCCAGGAAGAGAUCCUGAAGGAGCAGGAAAGGCUUCUGGCUCAGCUAGAUCCCAGUUUAGUUGCUUUCUUAAAGUCACGACGCAGUGGUAAUGUAGGCCAGAAAAACGAAAUAAAAAUGGAACAGAACAGACCGGAGGAGUUCGUGGAAUCUCUGACUGUGCCUCAACGUGGUGUAGGAACGUCACUUUCCAUGCAGGAGUCAGGUCUGCAAGAAUCUGUAAGGAGGGAUGAAAAUCUGAAAAUGGAAAUCACAGAUGAUGAUCUGCCUGUGAAGCCAAGGAAAGAAUGGAUUCACAUGGACAAUGUGGAGUUUGAGAAGCUGGAGUGGAUGAAAGAUUUACCUUCCUCCCGGCAGAAGAAAACUAAAAAGGGAAUGCAAGCUCGAUUCAGUUUAAAAGGAGACUUGAUUCCUGCAGAUGCUGAUUUGCCUACUCAUCUAGGUCUGCAUCACCAUGGAGAAGAGGCAGAGAGGGCUGGUUAUUCUCUCCAAGAGCUCUUUCAUUUGUCUCGCAGCCAGCUUAUUCAGCAGAGGACACUGGCCCUACAGGUUUUGGGUCGUAUUGUUCAAAAGGCCAGGGCUGGAGAGUUUGCUUCCUCCUUGAAGGGCAGUGUUCUGCGUCUCCUUCUCGAUGCUGGAUUUCUCUUCUUGCUGCGCUUCUCUCUGGACGAUGCCGUGGAUAAUGUCAUGGCAGCGUCUGUUGGUGCUCUCCGAGCUCUGCUGGUGUCAUCUGAUGAUGAGAAAUAUCUUGAUUGGACUUUCUCAUGGUACCAAGGGAUGGCUGCGUUCCCGUUUGUCCCCAGCAAUGAGGAAGAAGAAGAGGAAGAAGAAGAAGAAUCAACUGGAACAGAGAAGUCUCAGAAUAAAAAACAAAAGGAUGAAAACAAGCCAGAUGCAGAUGUAGCCCGUUAUGACGUUGUAAAGGGACUUCUGAAGACACGGAUUCAGCACCGGCUGAGAUAUAUCCUUGAGGUGGUACGACCUGUUCCAACAGUUGUCCUGGAUAUCCUGCACAUCCUUACUCACAUAGCAAGGCACUCCUCUGAAGCAUGCAUCCAGCUGCUUGACUGUCCUCGGUUGAUUGAAACCAUUGUCAGGGAAUUUCUCCCUACUCGAUGGGAUCCUCAUGUGGCUGAACCAGGAUGUUUACUCACCAGUCUCCAUGGAGUUGCUUGUGCUGCUGCUAUGAAGUUCAUCAGAGUAUUGGCAUCUGGAGGCAGAAAUGCAACAGCCAGGCUGCUUAACAAGUUUGAAAUGAAGAGCCGGUUAAUUCGAUUUACAGCUGAAGAUCCGCAGGAUCUGCUUCUGCCAAGGGAAGAGGCCAUCAGACUGAACACUGAAGCCUUUCGGCUCUGGGCAGUGGCUGCUGGUUACGGUCAGGCCUGUGACCUCUACCGGGAUCUCUAUCCUGUGCUGGUGAGGAUACUGCAGUCCCUGCCUGAGUUGCUCAGCACUAGCCAUGAGAAGAACCCCAUGUUUGAGUUAUCUGUCCAGCGAGCUGCAGCAGUGGUUACUCUGCUGGUACACGUGACGCAAACUGCAGGCUGCACGGUGGAGCUGCACACCAGGCUGAGCAGCUGUGAAGACAGUGAACAGAUUCCACCUCCUCCAGUAAUGUGGAAUCAAGUGUCAGGCUUACAGCCCUUUCUGGAGACCAGCAUGAAAAAAUUCCUGCAGGUGAUAUCUUGGACAGAAACUUGGCAAAUUCUUCAGCCUCUGACCACAACUUAUAUGAUCUACCUAGGAGUUUAUUACAGUGCUUGCAGUCAACAGCCAUCAGUCAAUCCAGUUGACUGCUUAGAGGAAUUGGAACGUUUGACAUCUGAGGUGCUGCAGCCUCUGCUCAGCCAGCCAGCCAUGCACAGCAUGUGGGAUUUGCUCAGGCCAUGUUCUGCUCUGUGCAACCCUCUGUCCUGUUCCCCAGCACCUGAAUCUGUCUUCAGCAUUGUAUCUUUGAGUUGUACUGGAGGCAAACCUCCUCUGAGCCUAGUUGGCUCCAAAUCACCUUUCCCUUUCCUCACUGCCCUCCUAUUUCUCAUCGAUAGCAUCACCCAUAUUCACAAAGGACUAAUCAGCAAGUACAGCUCUGUGCUGAGCUUUGAAGGCCUGAAGGAUUAUCUGCAUCAAAGCUGGCAGACUGCACCCCCCUCAGUAACUCUCGCAUCUGCAUGGAUGCUGCGCCAUGAGUAUCAUCUGCAGUACUUUGCUUUAGCAUUGGCUAGGAAAAUGGCAGGCACUUGUCCGGAUUACAGCCGUCAUGCCUCGCUCUAUCACUGUGUUGCCAUGGCAUUGCUGAGCCGUCUGUUGCCUGGGAGCGAGCAUCUGGCUUAUGAGAUCCUGCUGGAUCUUGCCUUUAGUCCAGAGUUUCUUCCUGAAGGGAAAACUGGAGGACCAGAAGCAGCCGACUUUUCUGAUAUCUUGCAUCUGGGUACCAGCGCCAAACUGUCACAGCCUGGUUCUGCAGCAGCAUCAUCUUCAAAGCCUACUCGUGGUGCCCUGCUGAGAGAAUCAUACCAGAAUCUGCCUGCCAUCCGCUCCUGCUACCUCUCUCAUUUUGUUCACUUGCAGCCUGCCCUUGUGCGUUCCCAAGCAUCCUACCAAGGACGUAAUUACCUCAUCCAAUCAAUGCUGCUUCCUGAAGUCAGAGGGCCCAUCCUGCCUUCAGACUGGCCGUUCUUUCCACUUAUCAGCCUCUACAACAAAGUGUCUAAUGCAGAGACGCGUGGGGCUGUGCUGAACUCUCUCCCACUUGAUCUAGUUAACACUGUGACCUGGAACCUUCAGUGGGUCUUGUUGCUGGAAACUUGGCGUUCAAAAACCCUUCAGAGCAUCCCUACUGCUGCCAAACUUGCACGACUUAUGUGCAUCUUCCUCACAGGUGGUGACCUCUUUCUAGAAGCACCAAUCCACUGUUACACGGCUGCACUUCUUUCUGUGUAUUGCCAGCCUAAGGCUCUGGACUCCCUGAACUUGGAUGCUCCGCUCCCUGGUUUAGCGUCCUUCCAUGAUCUCUAUAUAAGUCUGCUGGAGCAGUUUGAAGGUGUCUCUUUUGGAGAUCCACUCUUUGGAGUCUUUGUUCUUCUACCUCUGCAGAAGCGUUUCAGUGUUCAUCUGCGUCUUUCUGUGUUUGGGGAGCACACAAGUAUCCUGCGGGCACUGGGAGUGCCCCUUCAGCAGUUUCCUGUGCCUCUCGAGCGAUACACUUCCCCUCCUGAGGAUAACUUGAACCUCCUGCGACAUUAUUUCCGAACACUGGUCACAGGUGCACUGCGCAACACCUGGUGCCCUGUUCUUUACGUGGUGGCCGUGGCUCAUGUGAACAGCUUUAUUUUCUCCCAAGACAGCACAACUCAGGAGGCUGAUGCUGCUCGGAAAAGCAUGCUGCGAAAGACUUGGCUCUUGGUGGAUGAGACCUUGAAAAAGCACCUUCUCUACUACAGACUGCUGAAUGCAGAGAGCCCUUUGGGCUUUGACCUUUAUGAGCAACUCCCUCCUAUACGACUGAAGUACCUGCAGAUGGUGACGCAAAAAGACAAUAAGGAGAACGCACCAGUGCUUGUCUCAUAGCCAAACACUUGUGGAAGAGGACAGUGAGGGGAAAGAGCAGAAGAAAAUUAUGCUCCACUGAUGAAAAUAUGCACAUUUCAGAUUGUUAAAGUGUCUUUCUUUGGCACUCUUGGUAUCUCUGCAAAGUGAAACACUGAUAGAGUGCUCCCAGCCCUACUGUACAUAUCUUCUCAAGAUAUGGCAAUACGUGUAUGUGGUCUCUUUCUUAUGAAUGCUAGAGCAUUUUCCAGAGUUCUCUUUCAGAUUGUUCUGCUUCAUCGUGGAGGAGGUGACAAUGUGUCUGAGAGGCACUGGACUGAUGAAUAAACAAAAAGAACUGGAAAAAAAAAACAAACAACGUUUCAUUAAUUCCAACAGGAGAUUGUGAAUCCUUAUGAUGAUGUCUGUCUUCUCGGGAUCUUUCUAUUGCUUUUUUGUGUCCUGGAUUCUGAGUGGUUCCUUUCCCCUGCAGCUCCCAGCAAAUAGAAUGAUGACACAGGAGGAAAAAACUGAUUCUUUGAGGGGUUUUUUUGUUUGUUUGUUUAAUUUUGGUUCUCCAAGAUAUUUCUUGAGGAUUGUAUUCUGUGCAUGUUAUCAGUCUGAUUCUAUUGUGUCAUACCUCUAACAAAUAACAGAUCCUGAUGCAGUGGUAUAAACACUGGUCAUUCCACCUUGGUUGUCUUUUGGAUAGCCUCUAAGCUGCUUUCUUUUCUCCCUUAUUUAGUUACACAUAUAACAAGAUCUGAAAUAAUUUUGUUCUAGGCAGAAUAUUAAUCACUCCCCAUUAGAGGAAAAAAAAAAAUCUGAUUGUUUAACUAAAAGGUUCAUUGUUUCCCUUCUGAGGAAAGGGGAAUGUAAUUUAAAUUCUGAAGUAAUUUAAAUCCUAAGUUUACAUCUUUGUUUUUUCUUCUUAAAAAAAGCUUAUUUGAUUCCAAUUUUACAUCCAAAUUCAGUACUGCAGCCUCAAACACAAGGGCUACAGAAGUGCCCUAGUGCCCUAGAAGACUCAUCACAUAUGCCAGGUCAAGCCCAGAAUUUACUCUUUAAGUGUAAUCUGAGCGAGGUGGAUGUUUCAUUUAUAUCCAGUCGUUCUUGUAGAACUACAGUCAGUCUGGCAGGCUUUUUGGAGAACUUCUAUGAACAAAGCUUGUUAUUUCUUUUCUGUUGUUAUGAAUAAAUUCCUCUGGGAGGUUCAUGGUGAUGCCUAUCCUGAAGACUUCAGAUUCUACUUAUUAGACAAUUUUCUAAUUCUACCAGUACCCCUUAGGCUAGAAAAUAAGUUUCACCUUUUUUGUCCCCUUAUUUCAGAUAGGACAUGGGUGUAAUUGGUGUGUCAUUUUAAUUUUUUUUCAUUAUUGCUAUUUUUUCUAUUGCAAUUUUUGGUCUGCUGAGGUUAAUAGCAUGUAAUGUAAUAAAGCACCAAGUUGUCAACUGUGACUUUUAUUGUUAAAUUAUUUUAAAAAUAUUUGAUGUGAUUAAAAGUUCAAUUGAAGGCAUGCAAGUUUUCAUUUUAGAUGGUUUAAGCCCGAGCAGCUGUCUUUAGAGAGUAACUGCAUAGUAAAAUUUAAGGACUCGUAAAUGCCCACUUAGCUGCCAACUGCCAUCAGCAAGGAAUUCAUCUUUUGCUCUUCUGACCUCCAGUUUUUAAAAACCUUUUCCAGUCCUCUGUGUGAUGUGAAGUUGAGUUUUGAAAUCUGUAUGGAUGUAAAUAAACAUUUUGAUAGUUCUAGA